UUCCACCCCCAUUUACUGUUUUUAUCCUCGUCCGCCAUUUUCUUCUCUUCUCGCGCAGAUCCCAACCAAAAUUUAGGGCUAGGCUUUUAUCCGUCACCCUGUCCUCGAUCGGAACCCUAGCAUGGGCGGAAGCGAAAAAUCACCGACGGCCAGGUCCGAUUCGGAUCCCUCGAGAUCGGUGACAGUCAUCAGCAGCAGCGACGAAGAGGGGACUAACAAGGAUUUGAUCGUCGAGAGACAUCUGAAGAGGGAGAGAUCGGAAGCUGUGGAUGUUGCAUUCAAAGAAGAGGAGUCAGUGGGUACAACUGAUUCUGCGAUCACAAGUGUGAAUGAAAUGCCUGACAAUGCAGUUUUGAGAAAGCUUUUGCGUGGUCCAAGAUACUUUGAUCCUGGUAAUAGAGAUUCAGGUGCUUGCUUCAAUUGUGGCGAGGAAGGUCAUCCUGCCACUGACUGCACUGUGAAGAGGAAGGAGAAAAGGAGAAACCAUGUUUUAUCUGUGGGACGUUUGGCCACUAUGCUAAGCAUUGUAUGCAGGAAAUACAGUGCUAUGUUUGCAAGAACUAUGGACACCUUUGUUGUGUCGACUCUGUUGAUAGUGGUCCAAGAGAUCUCUCCUGUUACAAUUGUGCCCAAGCCGGUCACACUGGUCAAGGAUGUAUAA